CGGCCUCAAGGGGGGCUCCUGGAUCAUCUCGGGCUGCUCCGUCCUGCGCGAUGGGCGCUCCAUCCUGGAGGAAUACGGGCAGGACCUGGAUCAGCUGGGGGAAGGCGACCGGGUCGGCAUCCAGCGGACGGCCAACGGGGAGCUGCGCCUCUGGGUCAACGGCCAGGACUGCGGCGUGGCGGCCACUGGCAUCCCACCCCGGGUCUGGGCGGUGGUCGACUUGUACGGCAAGUGCACCCAGAUCACGGUGGUGCCGGGAAACGCGGAGGAAGCAGAAGAGGGGGCCUCCCGCGAUGAAGCCCUCGAAGCGCCUUGCAACCAGAGUCGGCCGGAUAAAUUUCCCAGCAGCCUGGAAUCGGAGAACGGCUUCUCCAGCAUGGAGCUCUCGGAGGUGGUCAGCAACGCCAUCCUGUCGGCCUACAACGGGAGCCUCCUGAACGUCAACCUGGGCAGCCCCCCCUCGGACUCUCCCCCCGGCGGGGCGCCCCCCAUGACCUCCAACGACGCCUUGCUCUUCCACGAGAAGUGCGGCACCCUCAUCAAGCUGAGCAACAACAACAAGACGGCCGAACGGCGCCGGCCGCUCGACGAGUUCAACAACGGCGUGGUCAUGACCAACCGCCCGCUGCGGGACAAUGAGAUGUUUGAGAACGUCUUUGUGGUCCUCGAUCUCUACGGCCGGGUCACCUCCGUCUCCAUCGUCAGCUCCACCCUCCUGGAAGAGGCCGAGGGCACCCACCCCCCCUCGGUCGCCUCGGAGCCCUACAGCGAGGAGGAGGAGGAGCCCACCCCGGGCGAGAACGAGCUGCCCUCGGUGGCGCCCUCCAUGGAGUUCCUGGAAAACCACGGGAAGAACAUCCUCCUGUCCAACGGGAACUUGACGGCCACCCGGGUCUCCAGCUAUAACCAGGGCAUCGUGGCGGUGGCCCAGCCUUUGCUACAGCAGCAGCUCUUCCAGUUCCAGAUCGACUCCCUGAACCCCCAGUGGACCUCCUCCCUCUCGCUGGGGGUCAUCGGCAGCUCCCCGGAGCGGCUCAACUUCCCGGCUACCGCCUGCUCCCUCAAGCGCUCGACUUGGCUACUGCAGCGGGACUCCGUCUUCCAGAACUGCCUCAAGAUCUGCGAGAACUACGGGCCCAACCUGGACACCUUCCCCGAGGGGACGGUGCUGGGGGUCUUGGUGGACGCCAGCGGCUGCCUUCACCUGUACAUCAACGGCGUCGACCAGGGGGUGGCGGCCCAAGACAUCCCCAGCCCUUGCUACGUCCUGCUGGACCUCUACGGCCAGUGCGAGCAGUGCGGUCACUCAAGGGAUGGUCAUGCCUACUUCACGGAAGACCCCAAGCGGAGCCUUUGCUACUGCGAGUCGUGCCACAAGCUGCGAGGGGACGAGGCCUACUACAAGCGGGGGGAGCCCCCCCGGGACUACGCCUUGCCUUUCGGGUGGUGCCGCUUCAGCCUCAGAAUAAACCCGCGUCUGGAUGUGGCCAGCACCUCCAAGAAGUGGCACAUGGCCUACCAUGGGACGAGCAUCGGAGCCGUGCGCCGCAUGUUGGAUCAAGGGGAACUUGUGCCUGGGAGCACAUCGAUUCUGAGCUGCCGUCCGGUGAAGGCUGACCCGCAGGGAGGGGGCACCGGCAGCGGCCCCAACGGGGUCUAUCUGGAGGCGGAGGAGAACAGCGUCCAGGGGCGCGAGGAAGCCCACCACGUCGUCCUGUCGCCCACCCUGCGCUAUGCGGGACUGGAGCCUUUUGCCACCAAAGUGCAAUUCAAAGACCCAAAGUCUCACCGGCAGCACUCGGCCCAGGUGGCGUUGCAGGUCUGCGUCCGUCCCGGCUCCUACAAGAUUUGCCCCCCGACGCAGGCGGCCUCCGAGCCCGUGGACCCCCGCUUCAGCAGCGCCGAGAUCGAGUGGGUCACCAAGGAGAAAGGUGCUACCGUCCUCUUCGGCCUGCUGAUUCGCGUGGAGUGAGAAAGCCCCCCUCCCCUUGCCCUCUGCGGUGGAGGGGGGGGGGACACACGGGAUGCCGAAGCUUUUGCCAAAACGCCUCCCUCUCCUUCCGUGGGGGUGUGGGGCCCGACGACGGCACGGAAACUCCUGGAAACGGCACGU